AUGGGUUCGCCAAUAUCCAGCCUGGUUGCGGAACUAGUUUUGCAGAUGGAAAAGUCGCCUUCGACCACUAUUAACCUGCAUUUUGGCGCCGGUACGUGGACGACACGUUUGUUAUAAUUUUAGGGAGCAGGUUGGCCGACUUUCAAAACCUGCUUAACGGCAUCUUUCCGGACAUUCAGUUCACAAGGGAAGAAAAGCAUGCCGAACAGCUGCCUUUCCUUGACGUUCUCGUCACACGCACACCCAACGGUGGACUCAACACCACGGUGUACAGAAAGGCGACUAACACGACUCAAAUUCUCAACUACCAUAGUAACCACCCCAUGGCGCAUAAACGCAGCUGUGUUAGGACACUAUUCCAAAGGGUAAAAACGCACUGCAGUGAGCCAGAGGGACGAGUACGAGAACUACGGCAUCUUCGGAACCAACUGGCAAGAAAUGGAUACCCGAACAGCUUCGUCAGCCGCUGCCUCCGCACGCACCCAAGGCGAACAAACGGAGGAGAGCCGCCAACACUGGCAUUCUCUACCAUAUAUAAAGAACGUGUCCGAAGCGAUGGAACGUAUCGCUAGAGAGUUCGGCGUGGGUAUCGCUUACCGUCCGACAGCGACCAUGCACAACGAAAUCAUGCGAGUGAAGGACCGACUAGACGUGGAAGAAUCACCGGGUGUCGUUUAUCAGAUCCCAUGUCGGGACUGCCCUCGCCACUACACAGGACAGACCGGACGACGACUUAACUCGCGAAUAACGUAG